AUGGCGGGCGGCCCGGCCGCGCUCGCCCUCGGUGUCCUGCUGGCCGCGUGCCACGCGCUGGACAACACCACGGCCGCCCGGAACGCUCCGGUGGCGGCGGCGGUGAGGUCGCACUUCAACGACUGCCCCGACUCCCACAGCCAGUUCUGCUUCCACGGCACCUGCCGCUUCCUGGUGCAGGAGGACAAACCCGCCUGCGUGUGUCACUCGGGGUACGUGGGGACACGCUGUGAGCACGCUGACCUGCUGGCCGUGGUGGCAGCCAACCAGAAGAAGCAGACGAUCACGGCCCUGCUCGUGGUGGCCGUGGUGGCCUCGGCGCUGCUCGUCACCGUCUGCGUCUUGGUGCACUGCUGCCGCCUGCGGAAGCGCUGUCCGGGCUGGUGCCGGGAGCACGGAGCCGGCCAGGAGAAACCGGGGGGGCUGCUCAAGGGGGGCACGUCCUGCUGCCCCUGCGAGACAGGUGUGUGACAGAGCCGGGAGCACCUGGGGACCCCCCGGAUCCUUUUUGGGGCGUUUUCCCCUUUUCCCGUCGUUUUCCUGGGCAGGAGCCCAGCCCCGGGCAUUUCCUUUGCCUUUGGGGUGGUUCUCCCGCCAUUUCCACCCUCCCAAAUAUUUGGGUUUUCCACCAAAAACCCCGGCCAGGAUGGGGCUUUAUUUUUCUACAGAGAAAAAAAAAAACCCAGCUCCUUUUUGGGGACAAAUCCCAGCUUUUUAUUAAUAAUAAAUGAACUUAAAUCCCAGGAAACCUCCUCGGGCUGGAGCUCCAACCUCUGGCACGGCCUUAAUUUCCCCUUUAGUCCUCCUCAUAACCAACCCAGAGCUUUUCCCUCUCUUUUGGGGUUGUUUUUGGGGUUUUUUGUUUAAUUUUUAAAGUCAUGGUUACUCUCAUGUCUUCUGUAUAUGUUGCACUGAAAGUUAAUAUUUAAUGUUUUAAUUUAUUUCGAGUGGUUUAAAUUAAUUUUGA